AUGUAUAUUUCAUUAUUCAUAAUUCAAAUUUUGAAUGUUGCCAUUGCAAGUAAAUGAAAUAUUAUGAUAAUUAUAGCAUUGGAUUGUUUAACAAUAAAGGGGACAGCCUUAAGUAGUUUUGCUUAUAAAACAGAUGGGUCUGUGUAAUUUGAAUUUUCUAUAUCUGCAGCUGGUAAUGUAGAUUUAACAUUUCCAACUUUUUGGAGUGGUUCACCUUCAAUUUCACCUUUAAUCAGCGGAACCACUACUUGUAGGGAAGUAAGUUUAAAUAACAUUAUAAAAGACCACAUAAAGUAUAACAUGUACAUAAAAUAAUCAAAAAUUUACAUGUAUUGCAUAAUCAGGAGGUAGUUUGAUAAUAAGAUGUAAUAAUGUAAUGGGACCACAUACAAAUAAACAGAUUGGAAAUUUCAAUAUAUAAUUUGCUGAUUAAUCUUGCGAUAACAUUCAGAUUAGUAAUUUCUAACCAUAUGGUGGUUCAGUUGUGUUUUCAUCUAAUUCAACAACUGGUUUAUUUCCUAAUACUGAUAAAUUGUAAAUGAUUUGGGAAAACAUAGUAUUACCAAUUUCUUUUAAUACAAAUCCUCGAAUUGAAGUUUCUAUUUUAAGUAAUGGAGAAUUUGUAACAACUUCAACUGUAAAAGGCUAUGUGUCCACUGUAUCAAUAGGUUUAUUAGAAUCAUUAUCAGUGAGUACACCAAAUUUGAUAAAAGCUUAAAUGCCAGAAUAAAUUGCUGUUAAGGAUGCUCCAAUUAAAUUAUAUAUGGAAGCAUUAAAAGUGAUGGGCAACACAUAGCCUAUUCAAUCAUAAAUAGAUUUUAAGGAUUCUAAUGAUGUAUUGUAAUAUUAGAUUCUCUUUCCAACAAUUUCAGUUCAAAAUGAUUAAUUGACAGCUAGUUUAAAUAUUGAAUCAACUGAGAUUAAUAUCUAUACAAAAUAUACUUUUAGUAUAACAAUCAAGAAUGCAUUGAAUUCAGCAGGAUUUGUAAGAAUAGCAUUAGCAUAAACAUUAUUAUCUUCCAAUUUAAUAUGUUAUUGUGAUAAUUCAGUAGCUAUUCCAGUUGUUAAUGUAGAUUAUAUUGAUAUUGGAGGAUGUCUAACAACAAUAGGUAAACAUAAUAUAGCUAUUUAAAAUGUAUUAAAUCCAAUAUCUACAAUAUCAACUAUUACAAUAUCAUAUAUUUAAACUAUGUAGAAUGGAUUUUCAGUAGAUAGAAUGACAAAUUUUUAAUAUAUAUCACCAUCAUUCACACCUGGAACUUUAAAUGCUUAAUAUGAAAGACAAGGAAGUAGUUUGGAUAUAGUAGGAGAUUAUUCAUAUUUCAUAUUAAAAAUAACACCUAAGAAUAUUAUACCUGCUUCAGGUACAUUAAGAAUGGAAAUUCCUUAGGAGAUUAAAUUUGUAAAUCAAAAUACUUAAACUUGUAAUGUAGAUUUAAUAGGUUGUCAAAUUCUUACAAUUUAAGAUUAAGUUUUAGUAUUCAAAUUAUCAUCAUAAUUAGAGGCUUCAAAAUAAUUUACUAUUAAUUCAAUAUCUAUACCAAUUAGAAAUCCAUUUGAUACAAGUUAAACAAAUUAUUUUAGAUUUACUACUUAUGAUUAAUUCAAUAAUAUAAUAGAUACAAUCUCUAAUGUCUAAGGUUAUUCAGUUAAUACUAGAUCAUCAUUUGAUGGAUUAAUUAUUAUAGAAUCAGAUUAACCAUUCAAAAAUGGAUAAUCUAAUACUUUUUAAUUUACUAUUAAAACUAAAACUCCUUAAUUCUAUCCUAUCUAAAUGUCUAUCAAAGUUGGUGAUUUAACAAUCAAUAAUAAUCCAUAAUGUAAAUUAGAGGGAGCUGUCAUUAAGACUUGCACUAAAAUAUCAUCUAAUUAAUUAGAUAUAUUAAUUGAAAGUACUGAUAUACUCUUAUUGCCAACUACAUUAAAGUUAACAGUUUCAACUAUCAGAUGUAAAGAUACUAUGACUUAGAGUUAAGAUUUUGAAUUUUUUACUAAAUCUACUAAUGGAUUAAUGAGUUAUCAAAAAGGUCCAUAUAUUAGUAAUACUUAAUUUGGUGACAUUACAUAAACUGAAUUGAUUGUUGAUAAAUAAUAUUAUGGAGCCUAGAAUGCAGUUUAUUAAUUUAAUUUUGCAUUACAAAAUGGAUUAAUAGAAGGUUUUUAUUAGAUUCAUAUCUUAUUUCCUUUCAAUCUACCUUCCACUGGUUAUUCAUGUAAGGAUACAUCCAAUAAUAAAUUGGACUGCAGUGUCUAAUCCAAUAAUAUUUUAGUUUUUACUGGACCUUUUGAUUCAAAUCAAUUAAGAUAUAAUAUUAUUGUGAAUGGAAUUUCAACUCCUCAAAAUGAAUAAUAACCAAGAACAUUUACAAUUAAAACUUAUAGAAAAAUUGACAAUUCUAAUUAUUUAGUUGAUAGUUCAAUUAAUGGAGCAUUUUAAUUUAAUUUAUUUUGUCCUCAAUUAAAUAAUUGUAGAACUUGCAAAAUCAUUGCUUCUGAUAAUGUUUAAUGUCAAACAUGUUAUACAUCUAUUAUAUCUAAAUAUAUAUAUAUGAAAUAAAAUGCUUGUGUAGAUUUUUGUGGUGAUGGAUAUUAUUAAAAUGAAUAAGAAUUAAUAUGUUAAUAAUGUCCAAACAAUUGUUAAAAUUGUUAACCUGUAAAUAAUGUUUUAAUUUGUGAUAAAUGUUUUAAUAAUUAUAAAUAUUAAGAUGGUGUUUGUGUUGACACAUGUGGUGAGACAUAUUAUUUACCUUUGAAUUCAAAUAAUAAAUGUGAAAAGUGUGAUAGUGAAUGCAUAUUAUGUUCAAUGAAUUCAUCAUAUUGUUCAAAAUGUUAACCAAAUAUACCAUUAUAUGAUCAUAAAUGUUAUAGUAAAGGAUGUGAACAAGGAUAUUAUUAAACUUAUAAUUCAAAUAAGGUUUUAAUUUGUGAAUUAUGUCCAGCUACUUGUAUAAGUUGUAUUACUAAUGAUUAAUGUACUGAAUGUUAACCUGGUUAAUAUUCUUUAUCAGGAACAUGUAGAGCAGAUUGUCCUCUUGGUUAUUUUAUAAAUGAAGAAUAAAUGCAAUGUAAAUCAUGUAUUUCAGGAUGCAGCCAAUGUUCAGAUGAUACUACAUGUGUUAAAUGUUCUGAUGGAUUCUUAUUAAAAAAUUAAUAAUGUGUAUUAACAUGUGGAGAUUAAUAUUAUAUUGAUAGUUCUUAAACUUCUUGUUUGAAAUGCAAUUCAAAUUGCCAAACAUGUGAAUUAAAAGAUGAAUAAUAAUUAUGUAAUUCCUGCAUUAAACCAUAUUUCUUUUCUAAUUUUACUUGUAUUCAAUAAUGUGAAUCAAACUAUUAUUCAGUAAAUCAAGAAUGUUUCUAAUGUUCAUAAAAUUGCUUAACUUGUAAUGGUAGUUCAUAAACUUGUACUUCAUGUUAAGUAUAAGGAGAUACACCAUCAUUUCUAGAUGGAACUGUCUGUGUUACUAAAUGUUCAGAUACUUAUUUUGGUGAUAUUACUAGUGGAAAAUGUGUAUAAUGUCCAAGUACUUGUACUUAAUGCACAUCAUUAAACAAUUGCACUUAAUGCAAUUAAUCAUCAAAAAUUCAUUAUUUAAUUUAAGGUGCUUGUAAAGAAGACUGUCCAAACAAUUAUUAACCUAAAGGAUUACUAUGUGAAUUGAUACCAGAAGAAGUUGUAAUCAAUUUAGGACCUAAUCGAUAUGUCCCAGUACCUCAUUUCAUAUUAUUCACAUUUUUCACCAUAUCUGUACUUGUAUCUAAAUAAUACAGAAGUGAAACUUAUAUGCCUGGAUCAAUUUUAGGUUUGAAUGCUCCUUUAAUAUGGUCAUCAUGGUUGACCGUGUUAUUUUUAUUAUAUAAUUAUUAUGAAUACCAAGAAAUGUAUUAUUUUUGGAUUUUAGUUGGUGGUGUAUUAUUGAAUUGGGUAUUUAAUAUUGGUCAUCAUCUAUUGGUUAUUAAAAAGAUUUGGAAUGAUUAAGAUUUCAUUAGAUGGUAAGCUUCAACUGUGAAAAAUAAAAUUACUAAUUAUAUUUUGAUUUCUUUCUCCUUAAUUUUAGCCUUUCCUCUUUAUAAACUCAUUAUGAGUAGAUAUUUUGGUUUUUCUUUUUUUAAAGCAAAAAUGGUGGAUAUCAAACCUUUCUUUUAUUUUAAUUGUUUAAAUGGACUUUACAUUACAUUUGUAAAUGUUCCUAUAAUUGUUAGUUGUGCAUUGAUUGCCUAUUAUGAAUCUUCAUUUAAUACAUAAACAUUUAUUAGUGCCAUUGAUUCACUAAUUAUUACUUUUUCCAAUAUUUUACUAUUAAUUUGGGAAACUUAAAAAGGAGAAUAAUUUUUUGAUGAAUUUGUCUAAAAUUAUUAUUUAAAUGAAUCUAAAUAAAAUAUUGAAAAAUAAGAAAUUUCUGGAUUCUUUCAACAUCCUUUUGAUUUGAAAUCUUAAGCAGAAUAAAAAAUUGAUAUUUCAGAUUUAGAUGCUUAAGCAGUCAAUUAAGAGAAUGAUGUUACGAAAUAGAAAUCUCAUGAAUAAUCAUAAGAAUAAUCUUGUAAUUUAAAUGGAAUAAGUAUAAUAUUAAGUGAUAAAAAUUCAAAUCCUGUAUUUCAAUAAGAAAGUGAUAGAUCCAAUUAAUUUCCUUAAAAAUAAAUUAUACCUUCUAAUCUCAAACAUACUGUCUAUUAUAAGAAUAUAUAGAAUAAUUAAAUAGAGAAUCCUGAUGCCGAACCUCCAUAUGCAUCUCCUGGAUCUGAAAAUUUCAGUUCAGUUAAGUCUCAAUCAAGUCAACAUUGUUAGAAUUCUUUCAAUGAUCAAAGUCAAAGUCCAUUAAAAGACAUUAGUUAAAUUUAGGAUUCUGAAGAACCACAUGAGAAUAGUUAAUUGUCAAUAUUUGAUGAUGAGAAGAAUAAGAGUCCAUCAAAAUAAUAAAAAGCUUUGCAAUUAUAAUAAAUUUAAGAUUAUCCACCUGAUCAUUAUAAUGUUGUACCAAACUUUGAAAAUUAUUAAGAUAAUGAAAAUGAUCCUCAAUAUAUUAAUUAAUAAGUAGAAAAGGCUGAUAGUUUUUGUAAAAAGAAUUAAUCAUAAUUAUCAAAUAAUUAAGGAGAAAAUAAUCUUUAAUCUAAUCGUAAAUCAUCAUAAUCAAGGAGAGAAUUAACAUAAUCAUUAUAAUAUUCAUAAGUCUAAUAACUUGCAAAAUCUGCUUAAUUUGCAAAUGAAGGUAAUAGAGUAAUAUCAUCAAAUAAAUCUAUGAGUCGAGAUUCUUUGAGUGUUGAAACUAAUAAAGCAUAAUAAGGAUAAUAUACUUAAUAGGUUUCUAAUUAAGAUAAGCCAUUAGUAUAAUCAUUUUUAUAUUAAUAAAAGGAAAUAGAAUAAUAAUAAUAAUAAUAAUAAUAAUAAUAAUAAUAAUAAUAAUAAUAAUAAUAAUAAUUAUAAUAAUAAUAAUAAUAAUAAUAAUUAUAAUAAUAAUAAUUACAGUAAUAAAAAUCAUUAUAAUUUAUUGAAUCUUACUAAUAAUAAUUAAUUAAUACUAAAAGUGAUGAUUUUAAUUAAAUUCAUAAAUAAAAUAUUGAUGAUUAUCCUUCUAUUCCUUCUAAUCAAUUCAAACCAAAAACUAAAUCAAGUGAUCUAAAAGAACCUUCACAGAAAAGCAAUUAGGAUGAUGAUUCUGAUAAUAUAUAACUAUAACUAGGGGUCAUAGAUUAAUAACCAUAAUUUGAUACAGAAGAAGAUUAAAAUAGAAUUCAAAUUUUAAUGGAUAGUAGAGCAAUUGAAGAAGAAGAUUAAGAAAUAUUUCAAGAUUAAAUUCAAAUAUAACAAAUAAAACCAAAACCUUACAAAAUGAAAGUAGAGAACCGUUAAAAGAAAGCUAAGAGUGAAUAAAUAAGUAAAGAGAAGAUUGAAAAGGAGGCUUAGAUUAAGAAUAUUUUUGAUUCAAAUGAUUCAAUUCAUACAAUGUCUGAUUAAGAUUGGGGAGAGAAUCAAAUUUCUCCUUCUGAAUUUAAUUCACUGAAUUAAAGAUUUGAAGAUGAAUAAGCAUUGGAUUUCUAGAUUAAUGUGCCUACUCACAGUAAGACAUAAUAGCAUUACAGAUAGGCAAAAGUGAAGCCCUUAGAUUUUGAAUUUGGAGAUGAAAAUAAUGAUGAAUAAUCUUAUACUGGGUAGGCUUAGGUUGAUUUUACUAAGAAUUUUUAGAUGAAGAAAGAGACUAAACAACAAUAAUUGGAAAAGGUGUAUUUAUAGAAGUUAGAGAAAAAUGAGAAGAUUGGUAGUAGAGUAAAUAAAUGGGAAUUUAAGAAGAAGUAGGUCAAUAAAAAUCAUCCAAAAGAUAUAUCAGAUGCUUAUAUUGAUGAUUAGAUUGAUGUUGAAGAUAUCAACUUUUGA